GUGUCGUGUUUUUAGGAUCCUCCAAGAGAUAAGCUAAACUUCACCAUAUUUGUACUUAUUUGAUUGAAUUAUGCAACAAUGGAAACUCUGUGAAUGAUGAUUGAAUACUGUAGCAGGCGGUGUCGCCUUGAGUGUUCCUGAUGACCUUGCCAUUUACCAUGGCUGUAGCAGGAAGGUAAUGGAGAAAGCCAGUAAGAAUCAAGCAAUCAUAAAUGCUAUCGGAGAACCAAUUAAGAAGGGACCAUGGUAUAAUGCUUCUCUUGCUGUAGCUCACAAGAGGCAGUCUGUAUCUUGCACAUUCCCCGUAUCCGGACCACAAGGCAAUGGAGUAUUGCAAUUGAAGGCAGUUCGUAAUAAAGAUAAUGAUUCGUAUUCCUAUUUCCUGCCUCAAGACUGGGAGAUCCUAAUCAUGGAAGCCCUGCUAUAUGUUCCUGGGAAUGAAGAGAAUCGGAAAACAUUAAGAAUUAGUCUCCUUGAAAACGCCCCUCCGGCUUGCAUUGCAUGCACUGAAUGCAAGCCUCGACCAUCUGAGAAUGAGGACAAGAAAUGAGAAUCCACACUCAAGGAGGUGAAAUGUCUUAUCUUUCCCUUGGAAUUUCAACCCUUAUCCUGUUAGUAGUGGUGAGAUGAAAUCUUAUGUGUCCCUGAGAAGAAUAAAGUUUGAGAAAAACAUUGCAA